UCGUCGAAAGCGGGAAAGAAUGUUCGAUUUGACGGGCAAGCAUGUCUGCUAUGUGGCGGAUUGCGGAGGAAUUGCACUGGAGACCAGCAAGAUUCUCAUGACCAAGAACAUAGCGAAACUGGCCAUUUUACAGAGUGUAGAGAACCCACAGGCCAUUGCUCAGCUACAGUCGAUCAAGCCGAGCACCCAGAUAUUUUUCUGGACCUACGAUGUGACCAUGGCCAGGGAGGAAAUGAAGCAGUACUUCGAUGAGGUGAUGGUUCAAAUGGACUAUAUCGAUGUGCUGAUCAAUGGAGCGACUUUGUGCGACGAGAAUAACAUUGCCGCCACUAUCAACACAAAUCUGACCGGAAUGAUGAACACUGUGGCCACGGUUUUGCCCUAUAUGGACAGAAAAAUGGGCGGAUCUGGUGGUCUGAUUGUGAAUGUUACCUCUGUCAUUGGAUUGGAUCCAUCGCCAGUCUUCUGUGCCUACAGUGCUUCCAAAUUCGGUGUGAUUGGGUUUACGCGAAGUCUGGCGGACCCUCUUUACUAUUCCCAAAACGGAGUAGCUGUCAUUGCGGUUUGUUGCGGUCCUACCAGGGUUUUUGUGGAUAGGGAGUUGAAAGCCUUUUUGGAAUACGGACAAUCCUUUGCCGAUCGCCUGCGUCGAGCCCCCUGCCAACCGACAUCUGUUUGUGGUCAGAAUAUUGUCAGUGCCAUCGAGAGAUCGGAGAAUGGUCAGAUAUGGAUUGCUGAUAAGGGUGGCUUGGAACUGGUCAAAUUGCAUUGGUACUGGCAUAUGGCCGAUCAGUUUGUCCACUAUAUGCAAAGCAACGACGAAGAGGAUCAGGAUUAAUUUUAAAUCAAA